CGCCGCUCGAUCGUCUCGCUCUUCACCCGUAGCAUUCUCAGCAUCCCGUCCCUACCGAAUCGCCUCCCCGUGCUUCUCUUCGCCAAGCUUGCAGCCAGCUUUCCCCUCGAGGAGAUGGCUGCCAGUCUCAACUCACAAGGUGUAGCGUUUUCGGACGCGACGCAGCCGGAGACCGCUUUCGCAGCAGUCCAUACACUUGCCAACUUCUUGGCUCUGGGCAGCCAACGGGUCCCCCUCUUGAAGACGGGCAAGAGCCUCAACGACUAUCUCGGCGCUCUCACAGGUCUGCAGGACCACGUCGACCCCGCAGCGUUCGCGCCCGAAGCUACGGGAGAAAUCAACGCCGAGACAAAGAAACGCCUCGCCAUUCUGCCCUCGGUCAAGCAUCUCACCGCCAUCUUGAAUCUGUCAAACCGCUUCCCAUCGACCACGCGACCAGCACUCUACUCCUUCCUCUGCUCAAUUCUUGCUGCCUGGCCCAGCGACAUCAAAACGGCUACGCUCAAUGCGGUCUUGUAUGGAACAAGUGAGUCAACAGCCGCGCCUGCCAGUAGCAACGCAGCUUCUGCCUCUGCUGCGGCAGGACAAGGCCCGAUUCGCGAGCUCUGGCGAGGUUACACGCGCAGCUCUCCUCUUGCAAGACGACUGGGUUCCAUCUCGGCCAGCAAUGCAGAUGCUAGCCUCUUCCGCAAACCAGUGGAUGGCUGGGCGCCGCUAGUGCUGUUGGCAGAGCUUUACUCGCGCUUGCUGCUCACGCUUGGUGACGACGAGUUCUUCCCUUCACGGCAAGGAGGCACUGCAACGCCCAGCUCAGCCACCAGUGGCGGGGCAUCCGCGUCGGGAACGGCAAUCGCAGCUCGCAAUCCUCUCACGAUGGACGAGGUCAGCAGCCUCAUUGCCCUCGUCCGCAAUCUCGCCUUCACCCUGUACUGGCAUCAAGACGUAGCUGCUGUUGGUCCACGCAGCGUUGAGUCGUCGCAGCACGUGCCCGGCCUGCGCUACUCCUUUGCGGCGUUGCGAGACCUCGCAACCCGACUGCUCCAGCAGAUUCAUGCCCGCGACGCACGCCAUCGUUUCACUAAGGAGGAUUUCUGGCUUAUGACUGACGAGAUGGACAUGGAGAGCUUCAUCGAGAGCGUGAUGCUUGAGGAGGAGAAGCUGGCUGAGGAGCAGGCGGAGAGAGAGUCCAACACACAGAGCAGCUCCAAUGCUGCGCUCGCGUCUGCUGACGGCGACGACCUCUUCGACGAGGAGAUGGCUCCCCUGGAAGCCACCAUGCCGCGUUCCACGACCGCCCGCGCCUCCUCGCGCAAGUUUAUCUCAGCCCGCAAGAUGGCUUUUAUUUCUCCUCGGCUGGGCAUCCUCAACAAUCUUCCCUUUGUCAUCCCCUUUGCUACGCGCAUUCAAAUCUUCCGCGCCUUCAUUUACCGGGAUGCGGUUCGUCUUCGACUCGACAGAAGCAGCAUCAACAGCUUUCACCAUCACCGCCGCCGCGUUACAGUGCGCCGCGAUCAUGUUGCUGAAGACGGAAUGGCGCAGCUCAACGGCUUGGGUUCGAAGCUGAAGGAGAGCGUGGAGAUCGUCUUCAUGGACCAGUGGGGGAUGGAAGAGGCGGGCAUCGAUGGUGGUGGAGUCUUCAAGGAAUUUUUGACCAGCCUCGUCCGCGAAGCAUUCGAUACGGACCGCGGGCUCUGGCGCGCAACUGAACAGCAAGAGCUUUAUCCCAAUCCUGCCUCGUACGCCAGGCAGACGGAGCAGCUGCAGUGGUACUCCUUCCUCGGUCGAGUACUGGGCAAAGCAUUGUAUGAGGGGAUCUUGGUCGACGUGCGCUUUGCAUCUUUCUUCCUAAGCAAGUGGCUGGGAGCUCGACGCGGCUUGACCCACCUGGACGAUCUUGCCUCGCUCGACUCCUUCGACUCCGAGCUCUACCGUGGUCUGAUCUACCUCAAGAAUUAUGCAGGCGACGUGGAGUCCGAUCUAUCCCUCAACUUCACGGUGACGGACGAAGAGUUCGGGCAACGUAAAGUCACGGAGCUUGUGCCGGGUGGAGGGAACAUGGCGGUCACCAACAAGAAUCGCCUCUCGUACAUCUUCCUCGUCGCCAACUAUCGUCUCGACGCGCAAAUUCGUGCGCAGAGCUCAGCCUUCUUUGCGGGGCUGAGCGAGCUCAUCGACCCGCGCUGGCUCAGUAUCUUCGACCAGCAGGAGCUCUCUCGCCUCAUUCGUGGCUCAGAAGAGCCAAUUGACGUGGAUGACUUGAAGGCGCACACCGUCUACUCGGACUACCACGAGAAGGACUUGGCAAUCCAGUACUUCUGGCAGACGCUCGAGAGCUUCGAUCAGGAGGAACGAGCGGCGCUGCUUAAAUUCGUUACCUCGUGUCCUUCUCCGCCGCUACUAGGCUUCGGGCAACUCAACCCGAAGUUUUGUAUCAGGCUGAGUGGAGAGGACGAGGGAAGGCUGCCGACAAGCUCCACUUGUGUCAACUUGCUGAAGCUGCCGCGGUACGGGAGUUUCGAGCUUUGCAGGGAGAAGGUCUUGACUGCUGUGAGGUCGGGAGCUGGGUUUGAUCUGUCGUAG